AAGAAAUAUUUUUUUGGUGGUGUGUUGAUGAUUGUCAUGUGAUUUAAAUGAGUAUUUUCCAUCUCUAAUCCAGUAUUUUUAGAUUCUUUUCAGUCUUCCAAAAAGACCAAAAUAAAUUAUUUCAUGUUUUCCAGAUAAAAGAUGGCGCAGCUGCAGGAAGUGAAUUUUGAGGAAAAACUUUUCCAAGUUCGCAUUGAGUUUGUGGAGAGAGUUUCUGAGGAGAUCCUGGAUCAGAUUCUCGAUGGCCUUGAGGCAGAUGGCAUCUUUAAACGUUUGGAGAAAGAGGAAAUACUUCAGAAGAACCAAACCAGAGCAAACAAGGCCCGCCACACCAUCGAUGCUGUGAGGAUGAAAGGACAGAGAGCCUGCAGAUUGAUGAUCAAACGUCUUCACUUUAUAGAUCCUGCCAUGUCCAAUCAGCUGAGUUUGUUGUCCAGCUCCUCUGAUUUAGAUUUUGAUGAUCGAUGUCAACAUGACCUCAAAGAUUCUCUAAAGAAUACCUUCGAAUCUAUCUAUGAAGGCAUUGCAAUACGUGGAGAGAAAACAUUUCUGAAUGAUAUUUUCACAGAGCUCUACAUCUUAGAAGGAGGAACUGGAGGGGUCAACCAGGAACAUGAGGUCAGACAGAUUGAAACAGCAUCCAGUAAUCAAGGAGCAAAAAUAAAACGGGAAAACAUCUUUGAACCCAACCCUGCUAGAAAGCAACGGAUCAGAACAGUGAUGGCCAUGGGAGUGGCUGGCAUUGGGAAAACACUGUUAACACAGAAGUUCACUCUGGACUGGGCUGAAGGCAAAACCAACCAGAACAUCGACUUCAUAUUUCCAUUCACUUUCAGAGAGCUGAAUAACUUGAAAGAAGACGUUUUCAGCUUAGUGGAACUGAUUCAUCACUUCUUUGACAAUAUUAAAGAUGCAGGAAUCUGCAACUUUAAAAAGUUCCAUGUUCUCUUCAUCUUCGAUGGUCUGGAUGAGAGUCGACUUUGUCUGGACUUUAAGAAGAAUCCAGUUCUGACUGAUGUUAAAAAGUCCACUUCACUGGAUGUUCUGCUGACAAACCUCUUCAUGGGGAAACUGCUUCCUUCUGCUGUCCUCUGGGUAACCACACGACCUGCUGCAGCUAGUUUGAUCCCAGAUAAUUCUAUUGACAGGGUCAUAGAGGUCAGAGGGUUCACUGACCCCCAGAAGGAGGAAUACUUCAGGAAGAGAUUCAGAGAUGAUGAAGAGAAGGGCGACAGGAUAAUCUCCCACAUCAAGAAAUCAAAAAGUCUCCACAUCAUGUGUCACAUCCCAGUCUUCUGCUGGAUCACUGGUAAUGUUCUGGAGGAUGUGAUGAAGAUCAGAGAGGGAGGAGAGCUGCCCAAGACCGUGACUGAGAUGUACAUAGAGUUCCUGCUGAUUCAGCUCACCAUCAAGGAGGACAAGUAUGAAGAAAUAGCUGAAGAAGAUCCAGAGAACAGGAAGCUGAUUGAGUCUCUAGGAAGACUGGCUUUUGAUCAGCUGCUGAAGGGAAACCUGAUCUUCUACCACAAAGACCUCAAACAGUGCAGCAUCAACAUCAAAGAUGCUGCGUUGUUCUCAGGAGUGUUCACUCAGAUGUUUAAAAAGGUGAGAGGGAUGCGCAACGUCUCACUCUACUGCUUUGUUCAUCUGAGCAUCCAGGAGUUUCUGGCUGCAGUCUACAUGCUCCACUGCUUCACCAGCAGGAACUCAGACGUGAUCAAGACGUUCCUGGGAGAAGAAUACAGAGAAACAUCUCUAGAUCAGUUCAUGAAGAAAGUCAUGGAGAAAUCCCUCCGCAGUAUAAAUGGCCACCUGGACCUGUUUGUCCGCUUCCUUCAUGGUCUCACUGUGGAGUCCAACCAGAGCCUCUUAGAAGACCUGCUGGGUCAGACAGAGAACAGUCCAGAAACCAUCCAGAGAAUCAUCACCAACCUGAAAGAGAUGAACACUGAUAGAAUCUCUCCUGCCAGAAGCAUCAACAUCUUCUACUGUCUGGUGGAGAUGAACGACGUCUCAUUUUAUCAGGAGAUCCAACGGCUGCUGGAUUCAGGGAAGGAGCUCUCAGAGACUGACUGUUCAGCUCUGGCCUUUAUGCUGCAGGUAUCAGAGGUUCUGGAUGAGUUGGACCUGGAGAAGUACAACACAUCAGAAUCAGGACAAAAGAGACUGCUUCCAGCUGUGAGAAACUGCAGAAAGGCUCGACUUGGUGGCUGUAGGCUCCAACUGGCUGAAUGUGAAGUUUUGGCCUCGGCUCUGAAGUCCAACCCAGAUCUGACUGAACUGGAAAUAAGUCGGAUCCACAUAGAUGAAGGUGGAGACUCUGAUCUGAAGCCUCUGCUUGAGAUCCUGGAGAGUUCAGUCAGUAAAGUGAAGAAUCUGAGAUUAUGGGGCUGCAGUUUGUCAGAGACCAGCUGGACGUCUCUGUUCUCAGCUCUGAAGUCCAAACUGACCCACCUGACAGAACUGGACCUGAGCAAAACCAACCUGGAAGGUUCUGGACUGAAGGAGCUCUGUGGUUUUCUACAGACUGAAGGCUGCAGACUGGAGACAUUGAGAGUGCGGAGCUGCAGUUUGUCAGAGACCAGCUGGACUUCUCUGUUCUCAGCUCUGAAGUCCAAACUGACCCAUCUGACAGAACUGGACCUGAGCGGAACCAACCUGGAAGGUUCUGGACUGAAGGAGCUCUGUGGUUUUCUACAGACUGAAGGCUGCAGACUGGAGACAUUGGGAUUGAUCAGCUGCAGUUUGUCAGAGACCAGCUGUGAUUAUUUGACCUCAACUCUGAAGUCCAGCCCGACCCGUCUGACAGGACUGAACCUGAUGUACAACGACCUGAAGGAGUCAGGUGUUCAGCAGCUGAAGGAUCUUGUAGAUGAUCUAGGGUUUGGAUCUCUGUAAAGUAGAAAAUGGUCUCUGUGUCCUGCUGAUCCUCAGAGGUUGAAGCUGCAGCAGUUUGAGUGUAAAGAGACUGACUGGAUCAUGAUGAUGACCUCUGACCUCCAAGAUUUCCCUCCUGUCUAUUUUCUCAUGUUUGUCAUUUAGUGUCUGAUAUUGUUUGUCUCUUUGGAUCAAUAAAGAUCCAAUUCAAACUGGGAUCCAUUUAGAGGCUUCAUGGAGUUUGGAUCUGAACUGGAUUCAACUGGAAAGUUGAUCUUUUUUCUCUCUGAUUCAUUUUCAUCCUGGAACCAGAAAUGGUCUGAGAAUGGAAACAUGGGAAUCAUUUUCAGUUCAGCUUUGAAGCCAUGAAAGACACUUCAAACCUCUUUUCUCUGCUGCUUCUUCCUUCUGCUGACAUGAAAAUGUUCCUCAAAGCUCCACAGA